CGCGUACGCGGACCGCCACACGCGUCCACAGCGGGAGGGUCGAGCGGAGGAUACACGCGUCCACAGCGGGAGGAUACACGCGCGAGUAUCCCCGACGUGCGCGCGUGGGCCUCGGCGUGGUGUGGCAGGGUCGAGCGGAGGCGGCCGAUCUUACACCAGCGCAGUCGAUGGCACGAAAGCGCAAACAAGGCAAGGCUGCGGAUAUCGAGCGGAAGCGCAGAAUCAAAAAGCCAGGCACUGCGGCCCUCAGCAUAAAGCAUCGAAAACGGGCCUCGGCGAACGAGGCUCACCUCGCCGCCAUCGGAAGCGAGUCGGAGAUGGUGCACGCGAUGGCCACGACGGGGGUGUCCCAGGCAGGGUCGAGCCAAGAUCUGCUGCAGAUAAUCUGGCCUCCCAUGGUGUGCGUUGAUGGCUUGAGUGCGGAGGAUGACAGCCGCACAAAGCUGCUGCGGUGCUACCAGACUGCGACGCACGCCUUCCCCGUGUACGCAAUCCAUGGCUUUCGCCGUGCGGCUGUGCUGGUCUUCGAAAGUGGCGACGACGAGCAUGCAGCCGGCUACGAGCGCGCACAAGCCGUCGCGGCCGCAGCAGGCGGCACGUUGGCAACAUGGGCCGACGCCACGCGGUGGUCCUCGCAGCGGUGGGCGUGGAGGCUGUGCGAACGCGUCGUUGGUUGGCGCAAGGUCCGGCCGAGCGCUACAGCCGACCUGCCCGAGCUGAUGGAGCGGUUGGUGCGCAUGCGGCUACUGCCAUCCUAGGAGGUCUCUUACGAUGAAAGCCUGGGUACGGUCUCGGCGGGGUAAGGACUUUAGGUCUUUGUAGAGGAUGCGGGACAAUGAAUUCUU